AAGCUCGACGUGAGUCAGAAGGGAGGGACAGAAGUCAUCUGAAAGUCAAAGCUUGCCAAACUCAAAGAUGCUCGAAAGUUUCGCAAUGAACAGACCAAUAAAUAAUGACGAGAUUGAAGUAUUUUUGCGUUCAUUUUCGUACGCUGAUCUUUGCCAAGAACUGUCGACCGCAACCGGGAGUACAGCGAGUACUGGUGAAAUUCGUGGUGAAGUUCAUCAUGGCAAUCGAAUCAAUGAAAGUCAUCCAGCAUUCUGUCAUACUGAAACACCAAGUGAACCUUUCAUUAUUAACCCAAGACAACACCAGUUGAAUGUUGGAGAAGUAAAUAGAGGUGGGUUUUCAGACUGAAAUUUGUGUAAAUAGUUUAUUGAAAUUGACUUUAUUUACAGAGGCAGAUAGCGUAACAACUAGUUGUUUUAUUUGGCUUCUGUUCGUAUAAGUCGUUUGUAAACUUUUAUAAAAUAUUGUUUUCCCUUUCCUUUAAAAGUAGACGUAUAUUUUAGUUGAAUAAUUCUUGCUGAAUAAUAGAUCUUAAUAGCGCUGUUUAAAUGGCAAAUUUUGUUUAUGGUUGAGAUAAUCACGUCAUUUACACUAAAGUAUUCAAAUUUUAUUUUGUCUCCAACAAAACUGAAAAGUGUACAAGAACUUUGCGAAAGUCGAUCGGACUAAUUGAUCAAAAGAUUCAGUGGAGGUACAGCGUAUAAUUGUAAAGUAUAUAAGAUUAAACAAAUGUUUACGAUUUGCGCUCUUUACACAAAGAAGGCAACUUCAUCCUGCGAUCAAGGUUUAGACUUUGGUAUAUAUAUCUGGCGAUUACUAAUUAUUGCACUCAGCGCAUGAGAUGGUGUUUGCUGCGGUCAUUUAAUGGUUAAUUGUCGCGUCCAUGCGGUUAGGUCGGUGUUUACACUCGCUGUUGGGAACAUUGACCUAUCCCUGAUAAUUAGAAACAGAGAAUCCCGAGGUCUUCACUUCAGAGUUAAGUUACUCCCAAUGACAAUGUUUAAGAUUCAGUUUGUUGAUGCUAUACAGACAUUAUUGCAUACAGUAUCAAGUUGAUUUUUAAAAAAUUAUAAUUCUAGUUGAUUCAAACAAGUUGAAAUCGUGCGCGCAAUCGCGCGCGGAAAUAAAAUGCAUUGUAAUUCAUGUGUGAAGCAUUUAACAAUCGUAUUCCCGAACUCGCGCACGGAUUAAGCGCGGAUCAAACGAGGAUGAGAGUUCACGAGAGUUGGCAUGCAGUCACGCGAUCUUGGUUAACUGUUCUUAAAGUUUCCCAACACUAUUAUGUAUUCUAUUUAAGUUAACACAUAGUUGGAAUACUCAUCAAACAUUUAUUUUGUUAAUCUAGAGCUUGAAAUAUCCCCUGUAACAAUUGAUGACUGCCAUCGACUCUCAUUAAUAGAGACCUUACGAUUUUAGGACGGCAACGCGACGGCAACGGCUACCAAUACAAUAGAUCAUUGAAAAGAAUUGAGUAAUUACAAUAUAUGAAUAAUUUAGACAUUGUCCUCGCUCUGUUUACAACGCCAAAUCACAGAUUUUCACGUUUUGAUACAACGGCUGCAUUCCAAGCCACAACAAGUGCAACUUCAAACUGGGUUUAGCAGAACUCUUCCCAACCAUAAAACCCAUGUCUUCAACUUCUAAGACUGUAUUAAAUUCAUACGAUUGAUAAUAUACGACGAACUAUCGACUACCAUUUAUUUGAAGGAGUUUGUUUUGGCCGUCGCGGUUGCCGUCCUAAAAUCGUAAGGUUUCUAUUCUCGUUUUGACGGGUUCUUUAUGCACCCAUACUUGAAGCGCUUGUCUCAAUUUCAAUGAGCUGUUACUUACAGAGUUACUUAAAAUCAGUGUGAUCCGAUAUAUGUCAACUGUUGUCUACUUGAAAGUAAAGGUUAGAGUUACUGAAUGUACAUCAAUUCGAAUUCAUGUCAUCGAAGUAGAUCGUUUGUUUGGUUUUGUGAGUUUAAUACGGAAUUGACAUCAUAGUGCAUGUUAAAAAAACAUCGCUUGUACUUGGCUAAAGAGUGCUUUAAAGUUACUUCGAGGUAAAAUUAAUCAUUUGUUUGCAUUGCCCCACCGAAAACUAAUAAUCACUGGGUAAGAAUAUAUUGUGAUCAAGGAAGAUUUUGCAACAAGUUUAUAAAGGUUAAUUGUUACUCUUGUAUUUCCAUGACGUUCACUGCGCUAUUCUAUAGCUUGUUGUUUGUCUGCAGUCUUCUAAUGUUAUUCUUAGAAAGGAUAAACUAUGUUGGGGUACUUUAGUGAGCCACAAGAACGCGCUAAUCGUCUUAACACCGCUUCAGGUUAUAAACCUUCCAUUAUACUCAACAAACAAGAGAGUCAAUUUCCGAACACCUUUAAUAUACUUAUAUCGUACAUGAAACCUGUGAUGAAACUGGCUGUUUAAUUGGACAAUUUAACCUUACAUGCACACUUGUUAGUAGUUGUUAUUAAUCUGACUGUUCUGCGGUGCUUUACUGUAUUAUUCCAAACGUUUGUAUCGCCGAGGCAUCAUAUAGAAAAUGUGAAUGGUUGCCAUGCAUUGCGGUCAUAGUUCCUCCCUCUCUCGUUGCAUACCAGUCCAGAAAUUUUAAUCAAACUGUGUUCUAGACCAACACAACAUGCCGCCAAAACAGAAUUUUGCUGCAGAGAUUAUAUAACACCUUCCCGCUACUUUUUAUGAGAGCAUAAAAAAUUUAUCCAUGCACAGCUACAAAUGCACAAUACAACGGUCGGGAAGAGAAGUAAGACGACAGUUCCUGUAAUUUCUUAUGGUAAAAGUACGAAAAAUUACCAUGCAAACAUUAUUAAAGGCCUGCAUUUAAACACAAGCCCACUAUACAUGCUGAGGACAUAACAUUUCGAUUGAAUAUUCAUCUAAACUACAGAAUGUUCUAUCAUAUCGUGGUACAAGAGUGUACGAAUUGAUAAAAGUCCAGUAUAAAACCACUUCGUAUUUCUUUCCAUCCAUUUUCUCUUUAAUAUUGACUGAUCUCUCAAUACAUAUCUCGUCUAUCCUCGCAUCUAGCAAGUUUGCUCCCCCCCCCUGAUCAUGCUUGACUCUCAUCCUAUAUAGCUAAGAAAAUAAAGGUGUGUCUUUGUUCCCCCGCCAGAAUGUCUGCGCUAAAAAUAUUCACACUUUUCCCCUUUUCACUGCUACUUAGCACGUUAUAUAGUUAACCACAUUAGCUAUAAUAAAAAAUGAUGUUCUAAUCCUUUCAUUCUACAAAAUGGUUAAUUAUAGAGAAAAGGUUAAAAAUAUUGAGAAUAUAAGAAUAUCGAACAGACAUGUCUCCUAGAUGGUUUCCGCUGGUCGUCUCGUUCAAGAUUAUCUAAAUCUCAACCUUUCAUCGCCCAGUCGUUGAAAUUGACGUAAACUGAACAUCCCAGAGUUUAUUUGAAUUUAAAUUUGGUUUAAAGCCAAAAAUAUGUAAUCGAAAAUGGGUGUGGGAAUCACCCUUCGGCACUAUAUAGAGACAGGGCUAGUUAAAAUGAUAAUCAGAUCUUUUCUUUGAGGAGUGUGGACCGAACAAUGUUAAUCCUAAAAUAAACUGAAUAAUUCUAACUUUAUUUAUGCUGGAUAGCUCUAUCAUUUCUAAAUUAUUCUCCCCUAACGUCCAGUAAAAGCAAUGCUUUAUUAAAAUCGUCUGUUACUGUAGGGGAAAACCUAAACAAACCUAACAUUGAUACUUGAUAGCUUUUUCAGUUCUAAACUGUUCUCCCUUGAAGUUCAGUGUAAAGGCAAUCCCUUGUUAGUCCAUUGUUACUACAGCGGAAAACCGGCUAAACAACUUUAUUGGUACUGGAUUGCUGCAUCGAUUCUUAUCCGUUCUUCUUUGAAAUACAGUAUAGGGGCUAUCGUUUAUUGCUCUAAAUUUACUACAUCCAUCCCAAAUCUACUUCCAUCUACAAAUAUUAAUAAGGCCUGUUUCACUAGAUAUCUGAGCUUGAGUCAAGGCUGAAUCGUGCCCAGUAUUGAUCUUACUUGUGCUAUUGUGUAAGAUUGUAAAUACUGUAUACGGUGAUAAGUACUACUUUAUGCAUUUUUUUUUUUAAUUUGCACGCCCCUCAUUGAAAUCAGAUUUAGUUGUUGAGUAUGUAUGUAAAUCAUUACAAGGUUUAGUUUAAGUUUUCUUCUGUAAUAACACUCAGUGGACUGCUAAAGGAUGGCCUUUACUGUCUGUGCACUUGGAUGAAAAUUUCCAUUGUCUUUUUGCUAAGCCAGAAUUAAAGAUGAUUACUUAUAAUCUUAGCAAAAAUGAGCAAAAUAAUACGGACAUGAUCUUAUGGUCUACGUUGUUAUAUUGUCUAAGUAAACAAAAACCCUGUUAUAUCAAAUUGCAAUGUACAGGAAACACGAGUUUAUCAACAACAUACACGAUUACAAUAGCGGAAACAUUCUUAUUACAUUAGCGGAAACAUUCUUAUUUUCCUGUUUCCGAAAAUGUAUUCAAGUAUUACAGAUGUUCUCUAUAUGACACUGACCACUACGUAACUCUGGACUAUUUGUGGGUUUCAGUAAGCGAUAGUGGUCACUCAAUUUCAGAAAUGUUAUCUCUUUAUAAGGCUGGCCGGUUUACACUAUCCAAGUUUCUGUGAGUGUGAUCACAGUAGGAAUUUUGCAUAUAGGUUAAUUCUAACUUUUGAAGGAUUGGUAAGAAAUACUUGAGGGAACUGACUUAGUGUUUAACACUUACCGAUGCAAAAUUCCUACUGUGAUCACAGAAACUUUGAUAGUGUAAUUCAAGCUUUGUAGAAGCAAGAAGAUUAAACUAUAGAUCUCUGAAGAGUCCCACAUUAAUCGCUGAAGAGUCACACAUUAACAUUUAAUUUAUUUCCUCAUUCUGAUAAUUGCCAUCCGUUCAUCCGUACCAUGGUCAACACGGUAAUGCUUUAUGAAAUCUGGCUAUAGAUGUAUUGUUUCAAAAAUCGAAUCAAUGUGUAACCAAUUGUAAAGAUAUAUCAAUGACAAGUGAAUUAAUGUAGACUUUCAGUUCUAAUUUAAGUACGCCCUUAGACUUUGGCAAACUUAGAGAUUCUUGUUCGUCUAAUAAGGGUGGAGACUUGACGUUUUGAACAAACCAAAUUCUUCCAGACAAAUGUAUUUUUUAAGCUGGGAGCAGUGUCUGGAAGUAGUAUUUUUUCGCAUGCCAUGUACUUCCCUUUCUUUUUUUGGCACUGUAUUUCCUUUUUAUAGGCACUGUAUUAUGUAAUCGAGGGAUUUUUUCGAGUAAAUCAUUAAAAUAAUAAUCAUUUAAUUUUAGGGACCCUGCAAAUGGAGCAAUAAGCUCUGUAGGGUUAACCUGUCAUUUAUGACUAAGUUUAUAAAAAAAAAAUUUAAAUAAAUUUUGAAAGGUGGGAUUGCUCGUAUAAUACUUAAAAUGUUGAGCUGAGCCAUUGGUGGGACAAGUGGUUAAGGUUUUCCCUAAGAAGCAAGGCACUGAAUAUACCCGUCAGUUGUUUUUACAUUGUAAUUUCAUAUUGUGUCGAGUUUGGGAGUGCUUAUAUCGUGCCGAUAGUGCAAUGUAAUAAGGUUAGGACAGGGCUUUGGUGGGACAAUUUGUUAACAUUUUCCCACUUUUUUAAGCUGGGAGCAGUGGCUGGAAGUAGUGUUGAGACCACUUGCAGUUGACCUUUUUAAAGCUCAUGGUAGUCAUGCAUGCGUGACAUCUCAACGAUAAAACGUGAUAUCUCAACGAAAACUGCUAGUCGUGAGAAUGUAGAGUAAUGAUCUCGAGUUUCAUCAUAGGUUUCAUUCAUCAUAUGCAAAUUUUUGCCAAAUAGUGCUCAAAAUGUAGAGCUAAGAAUGGGAGAAGUGGGGUUAAAUUUUGCCCGAAGAAAGAAAGAGAGUUCAUUGGAUAUAUUGGUGGUAUAUUCUUACAGUACUAGAUCUAAAUCAGAGAAGACUAAUAAAUAUAUACCUUUAAUUCUACGUCAUGGUGAUUUGAUACAGCGUCAAAUGGGAGUGAUCAUAUAGUUGUAAAAUCCAGAGCUAAUCCAUUGGUCAAAUAUGGGAGUUGAUAAAUUAUUUUGCUCAAAGUGCAAUGUGAUAAGGUUAUAAGUGGGUGGGAGAAGUGAAAAACUCACAGUGUUGGACGAGAAACCAUACUGUUAUAUAUACUUAUACUAAAUAUACAGACUGAAGCAAAUCAUGGUCACCUGCAUGCAGUAUAACACACAUGCGAAAUAAAUUAUUUAUUCACUCUUUGAACGAUACAACAACUUAAUACAAGCUUUCAACUGUCAGAAGUUAAAUCAGAUUGUUUUUUGUUUUCCGCAUGCCAUGACCAUGUAUUUCCUUUUCUGUCACCGUAUUUCUUUUUUGGCACUAUUUCUUUUUUGGCACUGUAUUUCGUCCCUUAAUAAGUAGCUGUAAUGUAAUCGAGGAAUUUUUUCGAGUAAAUUAUUAAAUUAAAAAUACAUAAUACUUAAAAUGUUGAGCUGAGCCAUUGGGUGGGACAAGUGGUUGGGGUUUUCCCUAAGAAGGAAUGCAUUGAAUAUAUCCCUGAGUUGUUUUUACAUUGUAAUUUCAUAUUGGGUCGAAUUUGGGUGUGCUUAUAUCGUGCUGACAGUGCAAUGUAAUAAGGUUAAGACAGGGCUUUGGUGGGACAAUUUGUUAGCAUUUUCGCACUUUUUUAAAGCUUGGAGCAGUGGCUGGAAGUAGUGUUGAGACCACUUGCAGUUGACCUUAAAGCUCGUGGUAUAGUCAUGCAUGGGUGACAUCUCAACGACAACUUGAAAAAAACUGCUAGUGAGAAUAUAGAGUAAUGAUCUCCAGUUUCAUCACAGGUUUCAUUCAUCAUAUGCAAAUUUUUGCCAAAUAGUGCUCAAAAUGUAGGGCUAAGAAUGGGAGAAGUGGGGUUAACAUUUUGCCCAAAGAAAGAGAGAUGAUACAACGACUUAAUACAAGCUUUCAACUGUCAGAAGUUAAAUCAGAUUGUUUUUUGUUUUUCCUCAUGCCCUGCAUGUAUUUUCCUGUCCCUAAUAAGGGUGGAGACUUGACGUUUUGAACAAACCAAGUUCUUCCGGACAAAUGUAUUUUUUAAGCUGAGUGCAGUGGCUGGAACUAGUAUUUUUCCGCAUGCCAUGCACUUCCCUUUCUUUUUUUGGCACUGUAUUUCCUUUUUAGGCACUGUAUUUCGUCCCUUAAUAAGGAGCUGUAGUGUAAUCCAGGAAUUUUUUCGAGUAAAUUAUUAAAUUAAGGUGGACAUUGGGUGGGACAAGUGGUUGAGGUUUUCCCUAAGAAUGAAGGUAUUGAAUAUGCAGUUGUUUUUACAUUGUAAUUUCAUAUUGGGUCGAAUUUGGGAGUGCUUAUAUCGUGCCGAUAGUGCAAUGUAAUAAGGUUAGGACAGGGCUUUGGAGGGACAAUUUGUUAACAUUUUCCAACUUUUUUAAGCUGGGAGCAGUGGCUGGAAGUAAUGUUGAGUCUGUUGAGAGACAUCUCAACGACAACUUGAAAAAAACUGCCAGUGAGAAUGUAGAGUAAUGAUCUCCAGUUCCAUCACAGGUUUCAUUCAUUAUAUAUGCAAAUUUUUGCCAAAUAGUGCUCAAAAUGACAGCUGAGAAUGGGAGAAGUGGGGUUUGCCUGAAGAAAGAGAGGCAUUGGAAUGGAUAUAUUAGUGAUAUAUCCCCACAGUAUAAUCCAGAUCAAAAUCCAGAGCUAAGCCAUUGUGCAUGUAGGGUCAAAUUUGGGAGUGGAUAUAUGAUAUUGCUCAAAGUGCAAUGUGAUAAGGUUAUAAGUGGGUGGGAGAAGUGAAAAACUUACAGUGUUGGACGAGAAACCAUACUGUUCUAUAUACAGACUGAAACAAAUCAUGGUCAUUGCGUGCAGUAUGACACACAUGCGAAAUAAAUCAUUUACUCAUUCUUUGAAUGAUACAACAACUUAAUACAAGUUUUCAACUGUCAGAGGUUUAAUCAGAUUGGGUUUUUUUUUUGUUGUUAGCAUUUUCCCCACAGUCCCUUUAUAAGGAGCUGCAUCGUGUUUGGCAGAUCAUUCAGACUACAUGUGGCGAACGAACGCAGAGCAAUAAAUAAGGCGGGGAAAAGCAGAGCAAUAACUAAGUCUUACACAUAAAUCUGUUGAAUUUUAUACAGUAUAUUAACUGGAGAAAAUACCUCGAGGGUUCCCGUGUAGGUAGGGCGUACCCUUGCAGAUGGAUUUGGGGGUUAUUAGUUUAUUGUGAAUCGUGUUACAAUGUAAUAAUUGAUGUGACAGCAACAGGCCUGAAUUUAAUCUUCUCACGAGGGAGUGACUUCACUCAACGCAUCAGUUCAUUCAAUUUAACUCAAUUCCUGAGGUUAACUUUUCAACUCAAUUCACUUAACAGUAGUGUACUAUACUAAAAAUUUAAUAUACCAGUAGGAGCUAUGGUUAAUAUAUACAUGAGCUUGGAUGAAAGAUCUAACAACUUAAAAAACAUAAGAACUACCUUCAACGGAAUUCGUGAAUACUGUUUAUCGCUAGUGGCGUUCCUUUUCCAUUCCAUUGGCAGGAGGGGUGUGGGGGUGAGGUUGACACCCCCUUACCGACGAAAAGGGUGUUGCCCCACUUGCCCCCUCCCUUCGAUUUCGAUCUAAGUCUGAAAAUUUAAAGUUGAAUUUUGAACAUUCUCUAACAGGUACAAUGUGAUUCAAUAUGAUUAAAAUUCUAUAUGGUAAAGCACUAUUUGUAAUUUGUAAAAUUCAACUGAAGCAGGUUAAGUGUUUCAUAAAGACGCUAUAUUAAAAAUUAGCAAAAAGUGGGGUAUAUAAGUAUCACUUGAGAGGUAAAGAUUGAUGGGGGAGUUGUUUGGAAGGUGAAAUUAAAACGUGUAACUGAUAUAAGCUUAAUAAUAAUAUAUGUGCAUGGCUACAAAAUUUAAACCUUGCAAACUUUCAUGGAACUUAUUGCUCUUUUAUUUGUUCAGAAAUGCCCAAGGCAUGCACGAACGACAAACGUAAAAGAACUCUGUUCACUCCGAUGCAAUUGACACGUAUGGAAGAAGAAUUUCGACAAAACAUGUACGUGGUUGGUUUGAAAAGAUGGCGACUGGCCACAGAGCUCUGUUUGACAGAAAAACAGAUCAAAAUUUGGUUCCAAAACCGAAGAAUGAAACUAAAAAGAGAACAAGUGAAAAGUCGAUGUUUGAAAACAGGAUUUCCUUGGUAUUGAAGACCUCCAGGUUUAUGUGAAGUUUAUAAAAAAAAUGGGAUUUAAAGACCUGGGAUUUAAAGAUGUUUCCACAAAAAUCGAGGAAGAAAGGAAAUGCAUAGAAAUGAAUAUUACCUUGAGGAAAAAAUUGAUUUUUAAAAUGGAAAUUCAUUUUAUUGUCAGGUGUAACCCGAAAUUGCUGUAAAUAGUUGGCAACUAUUUGCUUACGUUUGUCGACAUAAGGAAAGUGCAGUGUAUAAGAGCAUUGUAGUGCCAUAUGCUAAAAAUUAUGUACAUGGGGUUCCUCAGGGAUCUACAAAUGUCCCACUCAUACUCUUUGCCAAGUGUUGUUAAUUAUAGGGACGUCGCUACUGGGGGUAACACCUCAAUAUUUUUUAAAGUUCAAAACGUUUGUCAAAAUGGAAAAUAUUUGGUCAAAAUAGUUGGUCACUUGUUGGUUUUUCAAAUUGGUUUACAUUGUCAACUAACUAUAGUAGUACUCAAAAGCGCAAAGAAAAAUAAGUAUUUUGACUUGUGCGAACUUUUCACCUUGUAAAAAACCAUCUCACGAACAUUCAGUCUCUACAGAAAAAGAAGUGUUUUGACUUGUGCGAACUUUUAACCUUGUAAAAAACCACCUCACAAAUAUUCAGUUUCUCCAUCAUGAAUUUGAUGGAGUGAGACCUUUGAAACGUUGGUCAAAAUGUUCUCCAAAACUUGGUCAAAAUAUCAGGACACCCCCCAAUGUUAAUGACUUCGCGACAUCCCUGAUUAAUUAUUUCAUGCAAUAUAUAUAUAUGCCCUCACAUUUUUAUUUUGAAUCUUUUUCAAAUGAAUGUGGAUAUUUAAUCGCUCCAUGUAAAUACGUUUCUUCUUAACAUGUAUAUUGAAAUAUAUUGAAUAUAUAUAUAGUAGAUUUUUG